GAUAUUUGUGAAUCCUGAGUGUGAUUGGUCGGAGAAAUCCGGCGCCAAGAGUUUGAGUUAUAAAUAAGCGCUCACCAGAGCGUCUUUAUUUCAGUUGCCGGUUUUGCUGACAGUAGGCUACACUGCCAGGACUUCAGUGUCAUAAAUACUUUACUCCCGCUUUUUUUUUUCCUCCGUUUAUAUUUUUUCUGCGUAGCAGUUCUGUUCAGCAUCUUUAAUUCACGUAGUCAAAAAAUGCUCUCUGCUCGCUCACCUCUUUCUACAAAGAACGGCAACCUGUCUUCCAAACUUGAGAAAAUCGCACUCGUCGAUAAAGAAAACACGCCCCCCAGUUUAAACAGUUCACGAAUUCUAGCAUCGAAAACUGCAAGAAAGAUCUUCGAAGAAGCAGAGAGCACGGUGAAAUCUAGAAAUCUGAAAAGCUCUGUUCAAGAGGAGCCCUUGCUGAAAGACAAUCCUCGACGAUUUGUUAUUUUUCCCAUUCAAUAUCAUGAUAUUUGGCAGAUGUACAAGAAAGCAGAAGCUUCUUUCUGGACUGCAGAGGAGGUGGAUCUUUCAAAAGAUGUUGCACACUGGGAAUCCUUGAAACCGGAUGAAAGAUAUUUCAUUUCUCAUGUCUUGGCGUUCUUUGCUGCUAGUGAUGGUAUCGUUAAUGAGAAUUUGGUGGAGCGCUUCAGCCAGGAGGUGCAAGUGACUGAAGCUCGUUGUUUUUAUGGCUUUCAAAUUGCUAUGGAAAACAUCCAUUCUGAAAUGUACAGUCUGUUAAUUGAUACCUACAUUAAAGACCCUGUUGAACGGGAUUACCUUUUUAAUGCUAUUGAAACAUUGCCCUGUGUGAAAAAGAAGGCCGACUGGGCACUGAAUUGGAUAGGAAACCGUGAUGCACAGUAUGGUGAACGUGUUGUGGCUUUUGCUGCUGUUGAAGGAAUCUUUUUUUCUGGCUCAUUUGCUUCUAUUUUCUGGCUGAAGAAGAGAGGUCUGAUGCCUGGACUGACUUUUUCAAACGAACUUAUUAGCAGAGAUGAGGGCCUCCAUUGUGAUUUUGCAUGUUUAAUGUUUAAACAUCUGGUAAACAAACCCUCUGAACAAAGAGUAAAGGACAUCAUCAUGAAUGCUGUACAGAUUGAACAGGAAUUCUUAACGGAAGCUUUGCCUGUGAAUCUUAUUGGAAUGAACUGCACUUUAAUGAAGAGGUACAUUGAAUUUGUGGCUGAUAGAUUGAUGCUGGAGCUGGGUUACAGCAAGAUAUAUAAUGCUGAAAAUCCUUUUGAUUUUAUGGAAAACAUCUCAUUGGAAGGAAAAACUAACUUCUUUGAGAAGAGAGUUGGAGAAUAUCAAAGGAUGGGUGUGAUGUCCAAACCAACUGAAAAUACUUUUACUUUAGAUGCCGAUUUCUAAAAAUGGUUUUUCAACACUUCAAGUGCUGUGACAUGUUUUUGCUAUGAACUUUGUUACAACAUACUUUACACACUUAAGUGUAAACAAGUCAAAAGAUUUCGGAGUAUCUGCCCAUGUUUACGUUUGCACAGGCUUUCCCGGUGUGUCACUACAGAUUGUUUCUGUAACAUUUUUAUGUGUACAGUGUUUAUUUAUAGAUUUUAUCUGCACUUUGAGAAUUUCAUUAAAAUUUUUUAAGCUA